AUGGCAGAAGUGAUGGCAGAAACAGCAGUAGACUCAAAUGAAGACAUGUCAGAGGAAACAGGGGACCUGGACCCUAUUGAGCCAGUUGACAAUGGUACCUUCCAACAAGUCACAAAUCUCCUGGACAUUAUUGACAGUGAGUCAUCAAAGAUAGACACAGCAGGGGCAAAUCUUGACAUGCGGAAGACCCUGGCCUCAGUGAUAAUCACAGAAAAGGCCACCAUCAAGCCUUUAGUGGUGAUGAAUGCUCUAAUUCAUUGCCUGCAGGUGCCAGAGAUUUCCACCAAGCGCAAGGUUAACAUUUACAACAUUCUCCAGGAAAUCAUCCAGCAGGAGGGGGAGCUGGAGGAGCGAUGUGUCCAGAGGCUGGUCGCCAUUGCCUCCAAGGAGAUGCGGGAGACCCCAGAGAUGGAGAACUAUGUGAAGGCAGAGGUGGCCAGUGACACCCUGGUGGCUCUGUCCCGAAAUCACUUCAGCUUGGUCAUGUACGAGCUGCAGCAUCACCUCAAGCCCCUCAACCUCACCGAUGAAUUUGUCAUUGUUACCUUGGCCAAGCUGGCCAAUGGCAAUGUGUUUGAGUUUAUGCCGUACAUGGGCAUCACCCUGGCUACCAUCUUCACGAUGCUGAGGCUCGCCAAUGAAGCCAAGAUACGCCAGGUGAUCUGUAGUGCCAUGGAGACCUUCUGUGACACGGUGCAGUUUUACCUGCGGCACCUGGAGGACAGCGUGUACCCUGUGAUGACUGAGGACCAGUUUGCCCUGAAGGUGUUCCCGAUGUAUUGCUACUUUGUGACUGUGUGGCUGAGGCAGCACAACCCAGAGGUGAAGCUGGGGGUCAUCAAGUCCCUGAAGCCCAUGCUGAAGCUCCUUCUGCCCAACGAUGACCUGAGGGAACAGGUCUACGACUACAUCCCCCUGCUGCUGGCGGAGUACCAGGGUGGAUUGGCGGAAGGUCAACUACCACCAUUUGCCCAUCCCUUGCAGGUCUUGAGGCAGAUCCUGGAAAUGUCAGUCACCACCAAUACCCCUGUGCCCCAAAUGCAGCUACAUACAAUUUUCACAGAACUGCACAUGCAGGUGUGCACCAAGGUCCCGAGCCAGCAUCAGUACAGCAACCAGAACCUGGCAGAGAUAGUGCACUGCUUUGUGGCCCUGGCUCGUUCCUACCCCAAGGAGCUGAUGAAAUUCUUCUUUAGCCAGAUGGAGAUGAGUAAGGAGGCCAUCCGAGUUGGGACUCUGGCCCUGAUCAGGGCAGUGGUGAGCGCAGAUGAGCCCAGGAUGAACAUCAGGACUAUCUACAUGGCCAUCCGGGUGGUCAAGAACACCCUCUCUGACACCCGAUCCAAGGUGAGGAUGGCUAUUCUCCGUAUCAUUGGUCAGUUGGCUCUAUCUGGCUACCAGGAGAGGAUCAAAGGCUGGGGCCUGAAGUAUGUGUCUGUACAGCUGACUUUAUCCACCUACAAACUGACAAACCGCCGGGAGAACUUAUGUCAGAGGGACUUGGAGGAAAAGAUGGUCCACAAAGUCACUAUGGACACUGUGAAGAUUUUAACCUCUUCUGUCAGUGGGAUGACCAAUGAGUUUUGGGUGAGGCUCCUGUGUUAUAUCAUGGAGACAGACUACACAGAGGCCUUGACCCCCAUCUGUAUCAGCCUCACCAACCUGGCAGAACGUCAGCUCCACGGCGAGGAUACAGAGGCUGGAAUAGCGGGCAAGAGUAGGCAUGUGGACCUGCCUGCACCUCAGAAGUUGCUGGCCCGUCUUCUGGUGCUGAUGUCAUCACCCUACAAGGGGGAGGGCCGUGGGGUGGCCAUGCUCAACCUCCUAAGGACCCUGAGCCAGAGCAUUGCGCCCACCAUGGCUGACAUGUGGGAGCAGGAGAUCCCACAGCUGGUCCAAUACCUGGAAGAGCACACUGAGUUCACUUGGAACCAGAAGGCCUGGGAGGACAAGCUAAUUCAGUUUCUGAGAAACUCCCUCAAGAAGACCCGGGGUUCCAGCUGGAGCCUGCGUCUGGGCAAAGAGCUGAGCAACCAGAUCGAGAGCUUUGACAGCCCCUCUCUAGAGAAGGGUUUUCUGUACCGGGCUUUGGGCUUCCCCUUGGCCACUGGCCUGGAGGCCAGCAAGGUGGAGGUCCUGCUACUGGAGCUGCUGUACAAGACGGACUACAGCAAUGACUUCGACCGCGAGGGCGUGAUUCUGUGCUUUGGCCUGUGUGCCCGCGGCCAGGUGAAGACGGUGCUGAACGUGCUCCAUGAGUUUGAGGACAGGAUCCAGGAGUCGGAGCAGUCCUGGCAGAUCAGCGCUUGGCGGAAGGACCACCCCUGGAGGCGGGAGGCGGUGAAGAGCGCCCUCAUGGUGAUGUACAGCUGCGUGGCCUCCUACUGCCACCCCCAGAUGCUCCUCAACCACGUGGACAGUCCUAUCACCUCCAAGAUCAUUCACCACUACUCCAGCAGCUGCCAGGAUGUGUCUCUCAAAAUGGCCUUCAUGAAGAGCGUAGUGCAGGUCACCAAUGCUGUUAACAACAUCACAGACCUGGAGGACUUCCAGUAUGCCCAGAAGAUGGCUCUCACUGGCAUCAUAAUGGCGGUCAUCAGGGCAGAGCCAACUGACAGCCUGGUUUCUCCUGUGCGGUCCAUGGCGAUGGAUGCUCUCUCUCACCUGAGCAAGCUGAAGCCUUUCUACUCCACAGAGGAAAACAAUGAGCUGAUGGAUGUCAGUAUACAUUCUGUAAUUUCUCUCCCACCCCCAAGAGAGGACAAUGAGUCCAUUAAGACACUGCACGUGAAUGCCCAGAGUGCCCUGGAGCGGCUGAUGGGGCACCUCCUGCAGAGGCAGCUGGACCCCCGGGGAUUGCAGGACAUGGUGCAUUUCCUGGAAAAGUGGAUCUUGUCAGAGAAAGAAUGGGAGCGGGAGGAGGCCAUGGAACUUCACCUGCACCUCAUGAAGACCUAUGUUCAGAGCAUCGGCGUCUGUAUCCCCCUGAAGCUGGGGCAGUUUGGCAUACUGGUUGGGCUUAUUGCCCCAUGCACCUGUGAUGCUCACCAAAGAAUCCGUGUGUCCUCAACUAAUGUGCUGUCUACCCUGCUAGAUCUUCAUGCAAGUCAGACCUGCUCCCCAUGGAGCACUUCUAAGGAGAAGGAGCUGGAGAGAUGUAAGGAGGACCUCCAGGGCAUGGACAUGGAGAAGGUUUUCUGUGCUUCCUCUAGAAUUGCCAAGGUGAUCUGCAUGGAGUUUAACUGCGACGAGGUGGUCUCGCUCAUCCAGAAACUCUGUGAGAACAUCGGGGCCAUGAACCCGCAGCAUGACAAGGCCUCUGUCACCUGGAUAGGCAUCUUCCUCCAGAUGCGGGUCACGGACCUGGAGGACAAGGUGGCUGAGAUCCUGGGUGCCAUCCUGGUGCACCUGCCGGCUGUGGAUCACCUGGAGGUGCGGCGCCUUCUCAUUGAAGGCAUCCUGCUGCUGGCGCACCGCCACCAGGAGACCGUCCUCACAGCACUUCUGAGACAGCCCCUGCCCAUGGAGAGCCAUCUGACAGAGGUGUGGCUGGCCGUGUCCGAGAAUGUGUCCUUUGCCCGGACUAUGCUCCUUGGCCUCAUGGGCCGGCUGCAGUCACGGUUCAGCCCCAGGGUCAGUGCCACCUCCAAGGCCGAUAUCUGGCGCCUGGCUGCAGUGGACCCUCUGAUGGCCCUAUGCACUAUCUACCUCCUUAUUGAGAAGACGGAGCAGAGUGACAUGCUCCCAGGCCUCCUGCCCGACCUCUUCUACACACUCCUACUGCAGCUUGGCAGCACUCACCAGCCAGAGGCCGCCUCACCUGUCCUGAAGACGUGGAGGCUGGUCCACACCGGGCCCCUCCCGGAGGACCUAAGCCUGCAGAGGUGCUCUGGGGGUGGGAUCACCAUCAAGUCCAUGCAGUUGCUGCUCAGAAGGACCCACAGCGAGACCCUGGAGCACGCCCUGGAGGAGCAGGCUGUGUGGGCCCUCCUGGGAGACAGCGAGUCUUUCCUGGAGGGCGUGAGCCUGUUGGCCAGGCUCUGCACACAGCACAUGGAGGGUUACAAGCAGAGGCUGGCGGAGCUGGCGCUUAGGGGCAUGGACUCGCGGGUGCUGAGCUGCCGUGUCAGUAGCACGGCCAUCUGUAUGGAAGUGAGGCGCGGGUUCAUGAGUGACCGGAUUCUGUACCAGGAGAAGCUGCUGAAGCCGGUGGUGCUGAUGCUGGAGAAGGGCACUGAGCAGAAGGAGGAUGAGGUCCUGCGAGUGCUCUCCCUGCGCGCCCUCGGCAACAUGGCCCUUGGUGCCCCCAGGAAGGUGAGGCAGUACCGGAAGGUUCUCCUGGAGAGGUGUCUCAGCUCCUUGCGGGGGCCCGCGAGCACUAGUGUGACCGCCGAGGGCAUGGAGGCCCUGGCCAGGAUCCUGGCUGAGCUCCGGGAAGGCGACCUGGGCUCCUUCUUUGACAGCAUCUCUGAGCAGUGCAGGAUCUUCUUCGACAAUGAAAGUGAGCUGCUGCGUUCGAAAGCCUUCGUCCUCUUUGGGAGGCUGGCAAAGGUGGUCAGGAUUUCCAAGAAGCAUUUCUUCAAAGGGGAAGUGAAGAAGGCCUGGGUCUCCCUCUUGCUGCACUGCCAGGACCCCUGUACCAACACAGCCCAAGCCUGUAUGGCUACCAUGUUUCAGUGUGUGCACUUCUGGGGCUGGAAGUCCCUGGAGAGCCCCUGGGAGCAGAGUGAUACCAGCGCUGAUGACAAGUUGGCCGUUUUUCAGACAACCAUGUGCUCCAUCCUGACUCAGAAAAAGCCUGCCGUUCUCUAUAGCUUCCUGCUAGAAACAAUGGCCUAUGUGAAAAAUAACUUGUCAAGGAUCAGAAUUGCUGCCUGCAACUUGGCAGGAAUUAUUAUGAAGCAGAUGUCCACAAAUUAUCUGAAAAAGCUGGACUUUGCAGCAUUACGGAAUUCUCUCCAGGAGCUCCAGCUGGACACGGAUCCUGGAGUCCGGAAGGCAGCCCUGGAGACACUUAAAGUGUUGGACAGUUGUAGUCAGCACGGGCUUCUGGGUUUACCUGGAGGAAUGUCCUAA